AUGGAUACUGUGGAAGCUCCCGUGAUACCGGCAAAAGACCUUCCUAAGCCUCCUCCAUCUGGACCUCAUGAUAUCAAGCGCAAUGGCCUACACUUUCCUCCACCGAGGUCGACAGCACGGCCUGGUCCGCAAAAUUCUAAACCAGACACAAGCACUCACACGCUGCUACAAAUACGAGCUCUUGAAGCGGAAAAUAGGAGGCUGAGGGCGGAGGUUGCGAAAAACUAUCAGAUUGAACUGAAAUCCGUGAAGAUGGUCGAGGACGUUCGUAGCGCAGCGGAACGAUUGAAGAAUGCAGUUUUGGAGUUUCGCAAGGAACAGAAGUAUAUUGAAGAAGAGUUUCGCGAAGAACAGAAGCGCAUCGACUCAGAGUUCCAGGAAGCCAACUAUUUUUAA